AUAAUCAUAACUUGUGCUUAAACAUUAUACUUUGUGUAGCAUUAUAGUAUAACACAACUACACAAGAUCUAUCAAAAUUCAAAAUUCAAAAUAUGGGAGCUCGUUAUUUUGUUGUCUGCCUUGCUUUUCUAGCCAUAUCUUCCUACGUCGCUAAUGCUACUGAUCCUAAUCAGCUACAAGAUUUCUGUGUUGGUAUUGAUGAUCCCAACGAUGCAUUGUUCGUGAAUGGGAUGUUUUGUAAGAAUCCAAUGGCAGUAAAAGUGGAAGAUUUCCAUUUCCAAGGUCUAGACAGGCCAGGUAACGUAGACAACCAGGUAGGUUCAAGUGUCACACGAGUUACCACAAUGAACCUUCCAGGUUUAAACACCCUAAGUUUAUCACUAGCUAGGAUCGAUGUUGCACCUUAUGGCGUUAACACUCCCCACCACCAUCCUCGCGCCACUGAGGUCCUUACAGUUCUAGAAGGAACCUUCUACGCUGGUUUCGUAACCUCUAACCUCCCUAAUGGCGAAAACAAGUUGUUCGCGAAGGUGCUUAACAAAGGAGAUGUGUUUAUAUUUCCUCAAGGACUCAUUCAUUUUGAGUCUAAUAUUGGUAAAACUCCUGCUGUUGCACUUUCUGCAUUUACCAGUCAAAAUCCUGGUGUUGUUACGACUGCUAGUGCUACAUUUGGGGCUGACCCUUCUAUUUCAGUCGAUGUUUUAACUAGGGCUUUCCAACUUGAUGCUAGCAUCGUAAAGAAUCUUCAGUCUCGCACUUUUGGAUAAACCGUUACGUCGAUAUAUAUAUUUGAUGAUUUAAAUGUAAAAUUAUCUUGUAAUAUACUACUAUCUCAGUAUCUAGCGCCUUGUACUUCCUUCGUUUUUUUUUAAUAAUCGUCAUGUUUGAACUUUUUACCUGUUAUACUUAAACCAUUGUUGGUGAUUUGUAUGUAAAAUAAAACAUUUAUUGUCAUGUCAUCAUGUGUGAUCUC